AUGUAUAAAGAUGGUACAAACUGUAUUUUACCCAAAUCUUCGCUGUCAAAUUGUGUUUGUUUUAAAAAGGAGAUCAGGUGCAAUGGUGCUGGUAAUUGUAUUUGUCCCUGGGGACAAUACGGAUUGAAUUGUAAAGAAUAUAUUAAAGAUUGCAAGGAUGGUAUAGAUAGAGGAAUUUCAUCUUCAAGUACCAUUCUUGUCGCCAUCAAACCUUCGCCAACAUUGGAACCGUUCGAUACAGUCUGUGUUAUGAAUAAUCAAGGAUGGACUACAAUAUUAGACAGACUGUCAUCCAGUAACAGAAUAAACUUUAACAGAACGCUGGCAGACUAUAAAGAAGGUUUCGGAGAUAAUCAAGUCAUGCGAUGGUUAGGUUUUAUAAGGAUACAUCAAUUACUGUCUGUUACUGCCAAUUAUUUUAGAUUAAUGGUAUUGAUAGUGUCAAGUAAUGGGUCUGCUUGUUAUUCUUACUAUAACAACUUCGAUAUUGGACCAGCACCAAACUAUAUAUUAUCUGGAAAUUACCUACAUGGUUAUUCCAAAUGUGGUGACUCGCUCGUAGGUCUGAUUGGGAAGUCGUUCUCUACAGCAGAUAGAGAUGUAACAGGAAAAGGCUGUAGUACACUAUUUGGAGGUGGGUGGUGGUAUGAUGCGGCAAAUGGAUGCUCCGAUACUAAAGGUGUACUAACUGCGAUGCCUGAACCAUUUUGGAAGAACGACUUAAAUGCAGAUAUUCCCAAAAGAAUAAGUAUGAAGAUACUUCGAUUAUAA